AUGUCAUGGUUUUGUAAAGAAAUCUCCAUGUCAAUGAGAAUUCAUACCUUAUUGAAUAGCGGUAAGCAGGAUGACGCUGAUAGUGGCGAAGAAUCGGAUGGUGGUGGCGAACGACAAGGUUUUUUUGUUGGUGGCUCCGAACACAGUGGACAGCAAGUUCUGGGACCUCCUGGACGGCCUGGACGUGCUAAUAUCGCCGAGCGCGUUUUCGAUGCUGCCAGACAACAUGGAGCUGAAGCACUUAAUUCGAGCGACCUUUCGCCUCGGCCUCGCCCUGGCCGUUCUGGAGGCGGAGUGCGUUUAGGUGAACCGAAUCGAGAAGAUUAUAGCAGUGGGGAAAGUGAAUCGGGUGAACAUGAAGAGGUUGUGGUUGAGCUCAUUAUGUGGGAGAAUGGCUUCUCCAUCGAUGACGGACCGCUGCGUUCUUUCGAUGAUCCGGCAAGCCAACAGUUUCUUGAAAGCAUAAUGCAAGGACGAGUGCCAGCAGAAAUUCUAGCUGCUCAUCCUCGAAGACGUAUUGAUUUCCGUAUGCAGAAACGUUCUGGACCUUAUGAACCUCCGAAAUUGAAGCCUUUCCAGGGAGCUGGAGUUCGUCUUGGUGCUGUGGUGCCAGAGAUUGUGUCGUCCACACCACCACCAUCUGCAUCUGCGAACACAAAUUCGGUGGACAAUGUUGCGAAAGCACAAGCUGAAGUGAAUCUUGAUGCUGAUGCUCCUGUUACUCAGGUUCAAAUUCGUUUACCAAAUGGACAGCGUGUGAGCGGAAAAUUCAAUCAAGCGCAUACUGUUGGAACGAUCAGAACUUUUCUUGUCACCGCCUACCCGGAUAUGGCUGCUACACCUUUCCAGCUUAUGACAACAUUUCCAAACAAGGUAAUCGAUGACGAAUCAAUCGAUCUGAAGGAUGCUGGUCUUAUUAACGCAGUUGUUGUGGCUAAGCUCUGUUCAUAA